UCCACUUUUACAUCAAAUGUAAUAUGAGAAGUUUCAUAUCUCAUUUGAUACUGAGUAACACUUUCGUCGAGAAAAUAGGGUUUCUCUUUAUUUUCCCCUUUUUUGAUUUCUUUCUUUUUUUUACUCUUUUUAUGUACUUAGCCGCCUUCUCAACUCAAUCUUUCCAUACGUGAAACAUUUUCAUUUUACUUUUGUGUGCAAGCAUAUACAGUUUUUUUUUGCAUUUCUGAAAGCGACUCAAAGACCCAAAAAGAACUAAGAAAAAAACACAUGGAAAAAAUUAUUUAUGUGUAUAUGAAUACGUAUUGUUGACAUAUUGAGAGAUUGCGGCAAUUUAGACCAGACGACACCAUUUAAAAAGCCAUUAGGGCUUGCUCCGUCAGCUCAUAAUUACGAGCACAAUGGAAUCCUCCAUUAGUAGUUGGUUCGUAGCCAGUCAGUAAUCCAGGGGCCAAGUCAGCCGUCUUCCGAAUGUCUUUCCGCAAGCUUAGCCUUCUCGUUUUCAGUUCGCUGAUCAACUGCUUUUUUAGUGCCCACGUGGUGUUGGUGGAUCGAUUCACGUUCAUUGUCGAUGAUCACGACCUGUUCCUAUCCCAAAGUGCUGUUGUCGAACAGGAGUCGAAUCGCAGUUAUCUCUCGGGGCACAUUGUAAUCAAUCGGUUGGUCAAUGAUCUAACACUUGUUUCGUCAAUGGACAUAAUGCGUCCACCUCGACCGGAUAUGCGCCUCUAUACUGUGAAAUUGAACUUUUGUUCCAUCUUGAAUAAUGCUUAUAAGAAUAGGUUUAUCAGAAUGCUUUACAAUAACUAUGCGGAGUUCCUUAAUACCAAACCCAAGUGCCCACUUAAGCCGAAUUUUAACUACACCCUAACUAGGGCCUAUGUCGACGAAGAUAUGUUACCAGAUCUGCUUCCGGACUGCACUUUUCGCAUGAAAAUAUCUUUUCAACAAAAAUCAAAGCUAUUUGCUCACAUGCAAAUUGAUGGAAGAUGGCUCACCAAACGUUAACACUAUAGUAUCCCGAUGUUUUUUUUUUUCAAUCAAAUAAAAAAGUUUAGCGUAUACUCAAAAAAGUAAUUUUUGCAGUAUGUGGAGCAUAUAUUUUCUAUUACCGAUUUGGUUGGAUGAUUUUAAUAAUUACCGUCCAAUUAAGCAAGCUUUAAAAUCAACCAAAGUGGUGGGCGAAUUUUAAACUAUGUUCAUUAUAACAAGUUGUUAAGUAUAUUUAAACUAUUUUAGAAGUAAAGGAGAAUCACAGAUUAAUGUUUAGUUUUUCGCUUGAACAAGCACAUUUACAUAAUAAUAUUCGUAGAUUAGUAAUAAUUACUUAUUAUAAAAUUGUCAAUAACAAUUAAAUAAUAUCAGGCCUUGACAUCUUAAAUUAAAUAAGUUUGUAAAUAAGCCUUAAAAGUUUAAAGUUCAUCAGCAUUAUAGUAUUAACAUUGGUCAUAAGGGCAUAAGACUUGACAUUCGGGUUCACUUUGAUGAAUUUGCAUUCAAGUAUAAGGUGCCAGCCAUUUUUGUAAGGAUGGUUUGUCAUUUGGCUCAUGUGAAAAAUCGGAGCUUGGUCAACAUUGAAAUAAUACUUAAUAGGGAUAUUAACGAUAUUAAAGUUCGAGCUAUAAUAGAGAUUUAGAAACCAAAUGCUAAAACAAAAUCAAAAUUGUACGACGAUGGGUAUAAAUUACUUAGAAGUAAUUAAAUUACUUAAAAAGCACCCUCAUGUUAUUUUGAUGUGUCCACUUAAAGCGGUAUGUUAAAUUAAAUUAAGAAUAAAAACUUUUUUAAAAAACACACAAGAUGGUAAAUUGGUUUUUUAUCUGCCACCUUUUGUUCCGGUCGGUAAAUUUUUAGAACGGUCACUGAUUAUUUCACCCAAAAACGAUUUGCAACACGUUUUGAAGUACAUGGAGAUGUUGUAGCCAAAG